AUGCCGUUCCAACUGAGUCCCGCUUCACUCGUUGAUCAACGUGCAUCGGACUAUCCGAGUCUGCUGCUCUUGCCCGACUCGGCUUUGCCCUUGGCCGCUCAGGCUUUCGGCAACUUUUCCGCCAACGUUCCCAUCAACGUCGCCGUUCCUCAGAUCUUUGUCGUCAACCCGACCAGCGACAACAUCUUCCGCCAUGUUGAUUCCGAAAACGCCCACGCAGCCAUCAUCGGCCUCAUCUACUUUUCCAUGUGGAUGGGCGCUCUCGGCUGGGACAUUGUCUCCACCGUCCCUUUUGACGUUCGCGUCGUCAAGGAGACCACGUGGUCCAGCAGUUUCUCCAGCAUCUACUCGAUAGCCUACCUCCUCUCCCGCUACGUCAGUCUCUCUUGGCUCAUCACCGCAGUCACCAACAGCGUCAUCAUGACAAACCAAUGCGAUGCUUGGAUGAAGGGGAGCACCGCCUUGUUCAGCGUCGGUAUCAGCGCCACCAUGCUCGUCUUCUGCCUUCGCACCUGUUCCAUCUGGCAUAUGAGGCAAAAAGUCGUCUCCUUGGUCGUCUCGGCAUGGUUCUUGGUCGUCGCCUUUGCCGUUCUCCUCCCCGUCAUGAGCAACGGUUCUCAACUUCCGACUUCCAACUUUUGCUCUUGGCACUUCAACGGACUCUACGUCGUCGGUGUGUUCGGCGCGCUGCUCGUCUUUGACCUUCUCUGCCUCGUGCUCACCGUCUGCAAACUCAACAAGGCUGGUUGGCGCGGCUUGAUACGCAGCCUCUUUCCCUCGGGUCGACACAACCUCGAUGCAGAAGACGUCAAAACCAUGCUCGUUCAGAAGACCACCGCCUUCUUUGCCAUUCAGUUUCUCUUCCUCAUCUCGGCGCUUCUCGUUUACGUUCUCACCGACACGUACGCCUAUCGCAUGAUGAACAUCGUCGCAAGCGUCGCAGUCGCCAGCUCCAUGGCAGGUCGCAUCUUCCGACGCGCCUGGAGACAAACCCGCGAAUUGGCGCCUCACAACCUCAAUCGACCUCCUUCAUACUAUCCUGCCUGGGCGGAGGAGCACCCCGAAGCCACAUUCAGCCGCAGCGACGUUCAUUCUGUUUACACGCCCUCCGAUCAGCCCGCGGCAGGAGGACAUCCGGAAGCCGGUGCCAUGGUUGCGGCGCGCGCUAGACGUCACCAUGACAAGCACGAUUCAUUUGCGUUCUACGUCGAGGGCGAGUUUCGACCGCAGAACAAGGCCCGAUCCAUGUCCAGCCCGUCCUUGCGAUCCAUCCCAAGGACGUUGUCAUCCACGACCGCUACCAACCAGAUGCGCGAGAUGGAGGCUGGCCAUGCUGCAGCCGAGCCCGGUUCCGAUGUUUUAAGCAUGGUACCCGGCACCAUGGUCAUUGCCCGCAACAAUCUGGCAGUGCCAAUCAGUGAUAGCACGAGAGCCAUGCGUCGAGAUUCUUCAGCGUCGCAGGGCGUACCCGCCCCCGCUUACUCGCGUCGCUUGGGUUCGGCGUCCUCGUCAAGACCACACACCGGCGGUUCGGACGCUCCGGCCUGCGCUGCGAGACGUCCCACAUCUGCCAAUGGACAGAAUUCACCCCGACGCGGCGUAUAUCCGUCCAUGCCGAACAUACAGCUUCCGGCUAGCACAGUCGCGCCCCAGCCCCACUCGUCAAAUCUGUUUUCCGGCCUGCCCGCCAGCUCUUUCCAUGACAUAGCAGACGCACAGUUGGCCGCGGGUCCUCGCAAUCAUCACGAGGACUCCAAUGGCAAACAAGCACAGCAGGAAACGGUCAUGGAGGAGCGGCGCCGCACUUUUGUCACCUCGCCACCGCUGUCUGCUGGAGUCAGGCUCAAUAGUAAAGAGGUCUACAACGUCGACAAUGUCAAAGCCGCAGCGCGACUAGGACCGAGGCAGAAACAUAUACACAAGGCGCUCGCCCGUCCGGCGACAGCGUCUUCAGUGCCGCUGGCUCCCGCUCUGGAACUGUCAGGGUGGCGCGGAUCUGCCAGAACGGAGACUGAUCCCACGCGGCGUGGUGCCACAGCCGACGCCAUCGGCUCAGCAGAACCUUCAUCACCGCCCUCCUUAGGGGAAGCUUCUCCGGCAUCGGAUCAACAACGCACCCCACGACCCAAGACAGCGCCCUCAUGGCCGUCCCCUUCACUCUCGGCAACGGGUUCUGCCGCCUCGGAUGUGACUGUGUUGCCUCGCGCAUUCGGCAAGCCGGCUCCAUCCUCUCAAGCGCAUCCCGGCGCCUCUGAUGCCGACCAUACACCGUUCGUGACGACCGGGACUGACGACGACGCGCUUCUUGCAUUUCUAGAUACUGUGGAGCAAGACUCGCGUGACCGAGCCGGAUGUCAUCCAACGGCGCCGCCUGCAGCCUUUGCGAACGCUCUGGCAACAGAUGACACGCGUCCGCGUACAUCACGAGGUAACACAGCUACAUCUAGUGGCAGCUUCGACGCGGAUGAAGGCAAAGAACUUCAGCUCAGCCCUGGCGCGCAACUUCAGGUAGAUGCUCGCGGCCGCCGUGCAUCGGCAUCUGCAUCCGCACAGAUGCGAUCUGGCAUGUCGUCACGCGACGGACAAGGCUGCCAAACACGGGCCUCUACGUCUGCAGGCGCAAAAGGCCGGCCCGGAACGAGUGAAGGCGGCAGCAGCGCACAUCGUCCAUCGACAGCGAUUGGCGAGUCGGUGAAACCAUUUGGAUUUGGCACGUCCGGCUCUGCCCCACGCCGAGGAUCCAGGGCUCAGACAGCGGGUGCGAUCAGCGACGAUGAAGAGGGCGAGGCCAAUGCUGAACUCGGAUCUGUGAUUCGGAACGAGUAUGCCAAGCUGGCAGCGCGCGCUCAGAUGCCCCUUGAUCCGCCAUGUUAG